GCAGCCGUUGAGGCCCCGUGACCCGUCAAAUUUAUCUUCAAAACUAAUUUCUGUUUACUUUAAAAUGACACAGUAUUAUUAAGCAAUAUCACAAGUAUUUUUAAAUCAGUUCUAAACUUAUUUUUUUUAUUUUUUUUUCAACUCAAAAUUGUCUGGGAUCCAUAUGCCGUCACCAGAAGAGCCAUAUAUGGCUCGUGAGCCAUAGGUUCCCGACCGCUGCUCUAGAUACUAAAUCUUGCAAAAGGAUUGAUCGGUGCGCUCCACCACCCGGGGCCUCAAUGUUGCGUGCGCUGGUCAGUCUGUGAACAGGAAAGCUUUGGAAAUGGCACCGAACGUGGCGUGGGAGAUCCUGCUCAAGUGUGACCCCAACACCUUGGAGAGAGAGGUGGACGUCGCAUACCAGAUCGAAGACAUUAUUUCGAAGGUGGAGGUGAAGAGUUUAAAAGAUGAAACGUCGGACAAGCUCAUCCAUCUGUUUUCCCUCACGCAGUCGCUCAUGCAGCUGAAAUCGCAGGAGGCUGCGUUUGCCAUGGAGGAGGUUGAGAGGGCGGGAACCGAACAAGCCAAAGUCGAGCGGCAGUACAAGGCGAAGAUCGACAAGCUGCAGAAUGAGCUGACGCAAGUCCCAGGUCGCGGCGGUCGCAACGCGAGCCUCAUGCGCGGAGAGAUCCAAGAGCUGGAGCAGAACCUGGAGCGCAGGGAUCAGGAGCUGGCGGCCGUGGAACAGAACCUGGAGAAAGAGAAAAAGUGGAGUGAGCAGCUCUCCAAGAAAAUGGAAGAGGCUGAAGGGGAGAUUUCUAAGCUGAAGAGAGAGAACGACAUCCUGCGGCAAGACAUCGUGGACUACCAACGCCAAAUGGACUCUCAGCGAGAGAGCAAGCGGUCCCGCACCGAAGAUGGGGCCGAUCUGAAGGCGCAGAUCUCGCGAAUGAAGCGCGAGAUGAUGGAGUACCUUGACGACAUCCAGAACCUCACGGAGACGAACGAGCGGCUGGUGACUCAGGCGCAGCAGCUGCAGAAGGAGCUGGAGCAGAGCGCCGUGGACAUGGAGCGCAUGGCGGAGGAGUACGCGCAGAUGAGGGUGCUCGUCCAGCAGAGCGACCUCGUCGUGGAUCAACUCCGCCGAGACAAGGAGCACCUGGCCCUCCAGGUGCAAGAGCUGAAUACUUUGUUGCAAGUGCGCUCCGAGGAAGAUGACCCCAUCAUGCAGGCCGUCAACUCCAAGAUAGAAGAGUGGAAGUCGCUUCUGGUGGGCAAGGAUGAGGAGCUGCUCGAGUAUCAGAAGAGAGUGCGCGACCUCCAGGAGAGGCUCAAGGCCACACAGCUCGACUCGGACAAGCAGAGCAUCGUCGCGUUGCAGCAGGCGCUGCAAGUUCGUGAGCAGCAGGUGGAGCUCCUCGCGGAGCAGAUGGGGCAGCACACGGCCGAGAUGGAGAGGAACGCCGCCGUCAUGGAGGAGAUGAGGGACCAGCUGCAGCAGCACCAGGCUGCGCCCUCGUCGCAGGCUUUCCAGAACUCUACGCUGCGCGGGCGGCUGGCGGAGCUGGAGGGGAGGCUGCGGCAGGCGGAGGAGGUGGCGCGAGCGGCGGACGCGGACGCUGCAGAGAAGGACCGGCAGCUCAUCGACGCGCUGGCCCGCAUGCGCCAAUACGAGGCCGGAGAGUACGGCCUUGUGGAGGCCGUGGCGGACAUCAAGGUGUGCCAGCAACAGGUGCGCACGCGCGACGGCACCGUGGAGACGCUCACGCGCGACCUCAACGCCCUCGAGAUGCGGCUCAACGACAUGCUGGAUGAAAACGAUGAGCUGCGCUCCCGCCUCGGUCUGGAGUCCAAGUCUGUGGUUGACCUCACAGAGAUCAGGAAGAAUAAAGCGCUGACUCAGCAGCGUUACCGAGCCGAGAACCAGGUGCUCCUGAAGGAGAUCGAGCGGCUGGAGGAAGAGCGGCUGACGCACAAGAAACAAAUACGAAAGCUCGCGCAAGACAGGGGUCAGAGAGCAGCCUCCAUUGGCUUGCUGGCAGACGACUUGAACCUGAGCGAUGACUUGGCAGAGGGUGGAACGACUUCUAAGAAAUCGGAAAGCGUUUGGACAAAGGCCGACAUGGAGCGACUGAGCAGGAAGGUGGAGCAGCUGUGUCAGGAGCUGGAGCACAGGGAGAAGGAGCUGGCCGAGAAGUCCAAGGAAGGCGCGAGCCUCCGGCAUCAAGUGUCGGAGCUGCAGGCGGAGGUGUCGGGGCUGGAGGCCGGGCUCAGGGAGGUGUCGGCGGCCGUGCGGGCGGCGCAGAGUGCUCCUGGGGGGCCGGGGGGGCCGGGCGUUGGUGCCGGCGGCGGCGGCGGUGGUGGCAGCACCGCAAUCCACCUGCCCUCGCUCGAACGGCUGCUCACGGUCCUGGAGGCCCGGCGGUCUGGCGGGCCGCAUGAGGGGGUGGCUCAGCUGAAGGAGCAGCUUGCUCAGCUGACCGGGCGCAACCAGGAGCUCAGGGAUGAGCUGCGCGCGACGCGAUCGGAGGCGCUGGCCGCGUCGUCCACAAAGGACCGGGCCUUCGAUAAGAUGUCUCGCCUGGAGGGGGAGCUGGCACUGCUGAGGACGUCUGGGGCCACAGGCACAGCGCUGCCCACGCUGCCGCUGCCCGAGGCCAUGGUGCCGUCGAGCAGCGACGUCAUCAACGCGCUCAACGAGUACCUGGUGCAGGUCUUGCAGGACAACAGCGGCAAGGACGCGGAACUGGAGCGAGUGAGCGAAUCUCUGGAGCAGCUGAAACGCAAGUUUGCCGUCGCCUGUCACCAGCAGAGCCUUCUCUACCAGGAUUUCCACAGCGAGCGGGAGGAGUGGCAGAAGGAGAGGGAGCGACUGGACAGGGAGAAGUUGUCCCUGGAGGAGAAGAACCAAGAGAACUCCAUCCACGUCCAGGAGUACAACAACCUGCUGGAGGCGUCGAAGCUGGACGCUGGCGAAUUGACCCGGAAGCUUUCGGAGAUGAGCCGGCGCAUGACUGUGCUGCGCGUGAACGAGCUGGCGCUGAGCAGGCGCCACGCGGCGCUGGUGGAGGCCGAGAGUCACGGGCGGCGGGAGAAUGCCAGGCUCCACGCCGACGUGACGGACAUGGAGGCCGCGGUGGCUGAGAGAAUCGGCUACCUGCAGCGCUACAAGGACAUGGCGAGCUACAAGAUCGCGGCACUGCAGAAGGCGCUGGCAGACAGCGUCCCGGCAUCCGAGUUGGAGGUGGCGAACGGGCGCUACAACGAGCUCACGGCCAAGUACCGGGACCUCCUGCAGAGGGACAAUGUGCUGGCGCAGAGAGCCUCCAGCGUGGAGCACGUCAAGGAGGAGAACACCGCGCUUCGGGCAGAGGUUACAAUGGUGAGCAAGGAACUGGAGAUCUGCAAAGAGAAACUUCACACCCUGGAGCAGGCGAAUGAGAGAAUUGCAAAACAAGGCUUCACCACCUCGGCCGUCGGCACUGGCGCCGGCGAUGCUGAUGAGUCGGUGUCGCGGCGGCUGACGGUGCUGGAGAUGCGGGAGCUGAACGAGCGCCAGCGAGCGGAGCACGCGCUGCACAUGCAGCGGCACGCCGAGGAGGCGCUGGCUCGCGCGCACGAGCGUAACCAGCAGCUCGAGGAGAAGUUUGCGCAGCUGACGAGGAUGAACCUGGAGGCGCAGCGCGUGGAAGCCGAGCUCCGGGACGAGUUGGCGGGGGGUGUGAGCCGAGCCGUGAGCGAGGCCGACCGGCGGCAAAUUCGGCAGCUCGAGGAGUCGCAGGCCGCACUCAGGAUGGAGGUGUCCAAGCAGCGCGACGUGGCGGAGGUGGCCAGGGCUCAAGCGGAGUCAUGGGCCUCCCGCCAGCACUCGCACGAGAAAGAGGUUGAGUCUCUGCGGCGCCAGCUCUCCGACCUGCAGUGCCGCUCGGAUGAGAAGACGCUGCUGGGCACGCUGCACCAGCACAUCAUGGCGCUGCAGCUGAGCGAGGCGACGGCGCUGCGCAAGCUGGAGACCGCCCGCGCCAAGCUCAGCAGGGCCGAGGCCUGGGGCCUCCGCCUGGAGCAGCAGCUGGAUCAGCGAGAACAGACUCUGAUCCACGCGCGUGCCGAGGGCCACAGCCGCGCGGGCCACCUGCGCCGUGCGCUACAGGCCCUGCGGCACCGCUACGCCGGCGCCGUGCCCCUCGCUGAGCAGGAGCGCUUCCACCGCACGCUGGCGCAACUGCAGGACGACGAGAUGACGGCCGCAGAGGAGGCGCGCAAGUGCCGCGAAGACCGGAGGUUGGCCGAGGACCGCCUUGCCGAGCUGGAGAUCAAGUCCAAGGGCCUGGAGGAACUCGUGUCUACGCUGAAGGACGCACGGGGCGCGCAGAAGGUGUGCGAGUGGCACAGGCGCAUGCAGGAGCUGCGCGUGAGCGAGCGGCGCACGGAGCGCGAGGCGACACGCCACCGGGACGAGGCGUCCCGCCUGCGCGCCGCCGUGGAGGAACACGAGAGAUCGCGCUCCCUCCUCGAGCACGAGAUCCUGCAGCUCAACAAGUUCCACGAGGAGAGUCAGCUCGCGUGGGAGCAGAGGGAGCUGGAGCUGGAGAAGCAGGUGGAGGCACACGAACGGCAACAGAAGGAGAUGCUCUCCGCGGCACGCAAGUUUGAAGAGGUUGGCGGCACGGUGCCAGACACGGGCCUGCCCGUGGCUCAGCAGCUGGAAAAGGCGAUCACGACGAUCCGUGGCCAUGUCAAGACGAUCCUGCAGAGCCAGGCGCAGUGCCGCUCACUCGAGGAGCAGCUGCAGCAGAAGCAGGACGCUCUGCACAGCGCCGAGGCCAACGUGCUGUCUCGCGAGCGCGUCAUCAACGAGCUGCGCCUGCGCCUCCCGGCGUCGGCUCAGCGUGAGAAGCUCCUGGCAGCGGCAGCGGCGGCGGCAGACGGUGGUGGCUCCAGCGAAGGUGGUGGGGCCCUGGUCGCGACCCAGCGUGCCGUGGCCAACCUCCAGGCCCGGCUGGACCACAAGGAGCAGCUCGUCGACAAGUACCAGCGGCAGCUGCAGCAGGCGCAGCAGGAGUUGGAGGAGUUGAACCGGCAGCAUGGCGAGGAGAUGAAGGCGGUGCACCACAAACUCAACGCGCAGUCCAACGCCACCUUCAGCAAGUUCAAGCAGGCCGUGCUGGAGACGCUGAACUCGCGGCCAGCGGUCGCGGUGGCGCCGGCGAGCGCCGCCCAGCUGACACGGCUCGCCGAGCUCGAGCAGACUAGCGUCGAGCAGGAGGAGGCGAUGGUGGCGCUGGCGGAGAGGUUGAGGGCGACGGUCGCUGACGCCCAGCGCCACAAGGUGCAGCUGCUGCAGCAGCUGACGGAGCAUCGCGCCGAGACCGCCAAGCUGCAGCAGCUGCACUCGUCGGAGCUGCGGGCUGAGCGGGCGCGGGCGGAGGAGGCGAGGGCCUCGGAGGCGGCGCUGGCCGAGGAGCUGCGGCUGCUUCGCGUGGAGCUCGACGCCCAGAAGGAAGCGAACUCGCGCUCGCCCACGGCCGGUAUCCGGAGCCUCGUGGAGAGGCUCAAGGGGGAGCUCGCCUACAAGGAGAAGCAGCUGAAGGGUCUGAGCCAGGCGAUGCUGCGUCUUCAAGGGGAGAUGACGAACCAGGCCGAGCAGAACAUCAUCGCGGCAGCUGCCCAGAAGGAGGAAAGCCUCAAUGUGCAGACACUCGUUGACAAGCACACCAAGGACUACAAGGCCCGCUUGGAGAGCGCCCAGUUAGAGGCGUCCGCCGCUCGCCGCGAGCUAGGCGAGUGGCGGCAGCGCGAGCGGGAGCUGUGCGAGCGCCUCGAGGCGGCGGAGCGCGAGGCGCGGCGAGGCGACAGGGAGGGCGGCCGCCUCCGCGCCGGCAAGGAGGAGGCGGAGAGGGGGCGCGACGAGAUGCGUCGUCGCGUCGAGAGGAUCAAUGCGCAGCUGCAGAAGGGCGUAGAUGGCGCCGGGCGGCAGACGCAGGUGGAGGAGCUGCAGGGCCGGGUGAAGCGUCUUGAGCAGGAGCUGGAGAAGAAGGCGGCGCAGCUGGAGGAGACGCAGCAGCGGGCGGAGAGAGCGGCCGCGAAGGAAGACAAGGCUGAGCCGAAGGAGCAGGUGAUACGCUGGGAGGAGGGCAAGCGGUGGCAGGCCAAGGUGGAGGCACUGAGAGGCAAGCUGAGGGACAAGGAGAAGGAGGUGGAGGCCCUGACCAAGCAAGUGGCCGCGAUUCGUGACUCGAUCGCACGGGACGCCGUGUCGCGUCGGACCCAGGACCGAGGCGUCACCACGGGCCACGUACUUGCGGCACGGGCCCAGGAGGAGGCCUCGCGUGCGCAGCAGCUGCAGGACACCAACCGCCAGUUGGAGGACACCAUCACCAGCAUGCGGCAGCGGGCGGCGCUCUCCAAGGAGGCUGCGGUGGAGGAGCUGCUGCUGCAGAACCGGCGCCUGCAGGAGCGGCUCAGGCUUCUGGAGAGAUCCGCCACGCCCAGCUCCAACUCGCGCCUGGACCAGGAGCAGGAGGUGCAGAGACGAGUCCUUGAGCUGUCCGACGAGAACGUGGAACUGCGCUUCGAGCUGGAGAGGGUGCGGAAGGACCUGCCGAGGCUGCAGGACAAGCUGAGCGACCUUCAGGCCCUCUGCGCACAGCUCAAGAGGGAGAAGGGAGAGAUGGAGAGGAAACUCGGCAACGUCAGAGGCGCGGGCCGCAGCGGCAAGACGGUGCCGGAGCUGGAGAAGACGGUGGGGCUGAUGCAGCGCGUCGUGGAGAAGCUGCAGCGCGAGAACGAGGAGCUGCGGCGAGCGCCGGGCGUGGUGGAGGCCCAGCGGAGCGCCGGCCUCGAAGCCGACAACGCCAAGCUCAAGGCGGAGCUCCAGGCCCUGCGUCUGAAGGCCGGUCAGCAGCUGAGCGACCGCUACGAGACGCGUAGCCGCGGGGUCGACAAGCUCAUCACGGAGAACGAGAAACUCCUCGCGCACAUCAAGAGGGAGAGGGAGGCUGUGGACAAGCUGCGGGGGGAGAAGCGAUCGCUGGAGCUGGCGCUGGAGCUGGCGCGGGAGGAGUCGGAGAGCUCGCGCCGACGACUCGCCGAAGUCGAGGCCCAGCUGGCGCGGACGCAGGCGAGCGACGAGCAGGGCCUGAAGCCCGGGGCCCUGUCGAAGCUGUACGAGGCUCGUCUGCGGGACGCCCAGGAGGAGACGGAGCGCGCUUGCCGGGGCCUGGAGGACGCGCGGACGCUGCUGCGGCAGGCGGAGCAGCGCGAGGGCGAGCACCGGCGCCGCCAACGGCAGCUGGAGCAGCAGGUGGAGCUGUUAAAGAAGUUCCCGGAGGAGGCAAAAUCCCAACCGGGCCUCACCAGGGAGUUCCAGAUAGCCAGGUUGACUAUCGACCGAUUGGAGAAGGAAAAGGCGGAGCUGGGAGAGGAGUUGGAGCAGCUGAGAAAGAGCGAACCAUCAUCGGAGCGCGAUGUUCUGCAGAAAGCGCGGCGUUAUGACGAGCUGCUGCAGGAGAAUGUUCAGGUGCAAGUGCAGCUGCGUGAGAUGAAGAUGCACAAUGGCCGGCUCGAGGAGGAGGUUCGAGGCCUUCGCAAGGAGCUGGAGAGCUUCGACCCGGCAUUCUUUGAAGAGAUCGAAGACCUCAAGUUCAACUACAAGGAGGCAGUGAAACGCAACCUGGUGUACGAGGAGCAGCUGCUGAGCCUGGGACAGCAGUUUGGCAUCACAGUGGCCGUGCCGGCAAACGUGUCGGUCGACUGAUCACGCCUGCCCUCUCUUGGGUCACCGAGAAGAUCCAGAAGGACCCGGAAAGAACUGGACAGACGCGGACAGACCCGGACAGACCCGGACAGGUCCGGAGAGACCAAGAAAGACCUCGACAGACAUUGACACAUCCCGAAAGAGACCAAUACUGACCGAAACAAACCGAGACACGGAUACACCAAAACAGACCCGAAGACACAACCGCGCACUACUUUUUGGGAGAAUCUUAUAAUUCAGAGAGUAUGCUAUGUAUAUCUAUAACACGUAUUUAUGUUAUCACAGCGCUGAUUUUUUUUAUUACACCCAUAAUGUGGACAUUUUAUUAAAAUGAUUAACUUUGCAUUGAAAUUCCCAAUCUGGUAUUGUUUUUAUUCCUUAACAGGCACCACUAAUUUCAAAGGAGGUUUUGAGUAUUUAACCCCCCCCCCCCCAGUUUUAAUACGAAGCUAUUUAUUUUCAGGGGCUAAGAUGAUGUUGGUUUCAUAGCGGUUGUGUUAAUGCAAAUUGCAUCUCAAUCAAUGGCGGAGCCAGAAUUUUCAGGUCAGGGGGGGGGGCAACCCCUCCAGCAAGGAGUUGUUAGUAAGAAAGGAGUUGCUAGUAAGUAAGGAGUUGUUAGUAAGGAGUUGUUAGUAAG